CGACACCCCAAUCGUAGCCGCCAGAUGCUCUGCAGCAGCAGCGCCUAGUGGCGGUGAGCGGGCAUGGCUCGUCUGCCAUGUGACCGUCGCUGCGAGCAUGCACGCAAACCCCCUGGCGUCGUGCUGGCCCGUCUGUCUGCUGCUGUCCAUCCCGACAGUGACCUCGCGUCCGCUAGCCUUGCGCCGUGUGCCUUCAGCGCCGUGUUUGUCUAGUCCGCUGGCCUCAUGGUUGCCAUUGAGCUGUAAGACAUGUGCAAAAGGCCGGGUCGGCGCCGCUGAGCCAAUACGAGAGGCUCAGGCUAUGUGCAGCACCGUUGCAUCGGCGCCAGGACGAUUUGCCUCCGCGCCGAUCCGCCGUGUGGCACCGCUGUCAAAAAGUGCCAUGCGAAUCGCGCGUGGACAGCUGCUGAGACGGUAUCGUUGCACAGGGUUCCCGAGCUGUGGGUCAGCGACGUCGGCAAAACGAGAGCUCAGGCGGCGGCUGGAGGAGCGCCAGAGACUCUAAAAGCCAUUGGCUAUGCGUCUAUACAGUCUAUCUAUGGGGCGGCCCUGCAUCGACUCUUCGUACGCACUCGUCAGCCUGGACCACUC